AUGGGAGGAUCUUGCUGUAAAGAUGAUACUUUAGAAACCAACAAAGAAAUUAGAAAUCCCCCCAAUAAGCCAAUAUUCACCCAUGCUGACAACUUGCCUCCCAGAAGUGAAUAAAAUAAAUCAAAUCAGGAAAUCAGGACCCAUCUUCUGAAACCAACAAUCCAAACUCAAAAUCAAUAAGUUCAAAUUCCUGUCAUACACAAUGGAUUGGUCAAAGAAACGCUUGCCAAAUUAGGUGAGUAUCAGAUCCCUUCUUCAAUUACAAAUGAAGGUUUAGAGGUUACUCCUCCCAUCCAAUUUGAUGACGGUUCAAUCUAUGUCGGAGGCCUAAAGAAUGACCUGUUUCAAGGAUAUGGAGAAAUCUAUUGGGAUGACGGAACUCACUACUGUGGCCAUUUCAAUAAAGGAACUAAAUCUGGUCACGGCAGAUUGGUAUACACUGAUGGAGAUACAUAUGAAGGUGAGUGGCUGGAUGAUAAGUAACACGGAAAAGGAAAAUAUUGGUACUCAGAUGGAGGUGUUUACGAUGGAAGAUUUCUCAAUGAUUUAAAAAAUGGAUUUGGCAAAGAAGUUUUGGCUAAUGGAGAGACAUACGAAGGAGAUUUCUCUAAUGGAACAAGGCAUGGAAAAGGAAAAUUGAUAAUGGCUGAUGUGGUCUUUGAAGGUCAUUUUGAAAGGGGAUAAAUGGUUGACGGAGAAUAUAAAUGGAAUGAUGGAAGAAAAUAUAGUGGUUAAAUUAAAGGAACCAAAAUACAUGGCCAUGGAGAGUUUUGGUUUCCUGAUGGAAGAUACUAUAAAGGCAAUUGGGUUGAAGAUUAAAAGGAAGGACAAGGAGAAUUUCAUUAUUCUGAUGGAUCAGUUUAUGUUGGGGAAUGGAAACAAAAUAAAUAAAACGGAUAUGGGAAAUUUACAGAUAAAAAUGGAGAAGUAAUAAAUGGCUUUUGGGUUGAUGGCAGUAAAGUAAAAUGA